AUGGAGGAUGUCAGCAAAACAAGCUCUUGGAAGACUGUGCUUCACCCCAACGAAAAGCUGGCCCAGGCUGAUGCCCACAACGUUUCCCUCCGAGUGUGGUAUUUGAGUGGAGAAACUUUCCGUCUCAGAGGAAAGCUCAGCUUUCAGCAGCAUUUGCAGCUUCCAGUCUAUCGCAUGGAGUUCAUUGGCGACCAGUUGGAUUUGUCCUCUGGCGAUUUCAUGAGAUUCUCCAGCAAACUCUUUGACCUACCUCAUCCUUCAAAGUGGUUGGUUGGCAAGCCACGUAAACUCGGUUCGGCUAAUGCCUUGGCUCGUCUCCUUGUUAUCGAAUUUGAGACUGGUAACAGUGCGAUCUCUCGCGUUGCCAAGAUGCAGCUCACAUUCAUGAUGAAUGAAUAUGUCGAUCAUGGCCGUCAGUUUAUUAAGAGAAUUCAACAGGCCCGAGAAGAUGCAGUCUAG